AUGCGAGAAGAAUAUGUGAAACGCAAUAUAGAAGGCGACAUGGAGAGGGGCCUGUCUUUUCAGCCCUUAGAGAAAGAUGACAAGAACGACAAGGACGACAUCGAUACGGCAGGAGGCACCGGCGCGGCAGAAGACACUGAUGCAGAAGACGCUGGUGCAGAAGACGCUGGUGCAGAAGACGCUGGUGCAGAAGACGCUGGUGCAGAAGAAGACGUUGAUGCAGAAGAAGACGCUGGAGAUGCCGAUGAGGGUGAGGAGAGAUGA